GACAGCUUUACAGCCCAGGAGACUGAAGGGCCCGCUGUGGGCAGGCUGCCCCUGGCUCUUGGCUGCCUCCCUGCACCCCAGUGGGAGACUGGGCUUGUGAGCACCCACUGCCGGAGGCUGGCACGGCUUGCCCAGGGAUGAGGUCCUGGGGAUGGUGCCAUCCGCUCUCCUGGAGCAGGGAGGGCCUUUUCUCUUACCUCCUACGUUGACUGUGCCCUUCACCCUGGCCUGAGCCACUUGGGCUGGGUAGGACCCGGAGCCUCUGGCUCUCAUGGCACUCGGUAGAGGGCUGCUCCCACCUGCCACACCUCCCUUUGUACCUUCCCUGGCAGCCUCUGCUCCAGGCCCCUGAGAUACUCUAGAGGAAGAGGAGCCCCCUCCAAAGUGGGAGGGCUGCUGCCCUGAUGCACCCCAACUGCUAUCAGUGGGGCCACACUGUGGCCUGUCCUCCUAGCUCACUUUGGUUGCCUCUGGUGAAGGAGCUGUGCCCUGGAGAUACUCCUGUGGGAGGGUGCUAGCCCGGGGCUGGGUGUUGAACCCAAGGCAGCAGGCCCGGCUGCUGCCGCCAGCCCUGAUCAGUCGUGGAGGCAGGGCAGAGGGCUUGGGUUUCCUCUUCACGCCUGUGACACAUUUGUGACGACACGUUCUUCCAGCCCAGGCUGUGCUCCACCUGUGGGGAGCCCGCCUGUGGCCCAGGAGCCAGUUUUUCGGCCUGUAAAAACAUGGGGCGUGUGUCCCAGCAGCUAUGAGCAAGUGAGGGGGUGGCAAGCCAGCCGCACAGGUCUUGUGGCCUCAGAUCUCCUCCCUACCCAACAGGCGGCUGGGGGCGGGCCACAGCCACAGAUUAAAGGCCGCCCAGAGCAGCCUGUGUGAGACAGGUGUCCAGUAGCCCAAGAACCCGGCCAGCAGCUGCUGCAGCUGUAGGCUUCCCUGUUCUGUGAAAACCAUCACCAUGUCCAAGGGACCUCGGGCCAAGACCUUUGUCUUUCUGGACCUGGAAGCCACCGGGCUCCCCAGCAUGGACCCUGAGAUUGCUGAGCUCUCCCUGUCUGCAGUCCACCGGUCCUCCCUGGAGAACCCCGAGCACGAUGAGUCUGGGACCCCCCUCCCACCCCGGGUCAUGGACAAGCUCACACUGUGCAUGAGCCCGGAGCGCCCCUUCACUGCCAAGGCCAGUGAGAUUACUGGCCUGAGCCGCGAGGGCCUGGCCAGGUGCGGGAAGGCCGGGUUUGAUGGCACCGUGGUGCGGACACUGCAGGCCUUCCUGAGUCGCCAGGAGGACCCUGUGUGCCUGGUGGCCCACAACGGCUUCGAUUACGACUUCCCCCUGCUCUGCAUGGAGCUGCAGCGCCUGGGUGCCCAUCUGCCCCAGGGCACCGUCUGCCUGGACACGCUUGCAGCACUGCGGGGCCUGGACCAUGCCCACAGCCACGGCACUCGGGCCCAGGGCGGUAAGAGCUACAGCCUGGGCAGCCUCUUCCGCCGCUACUUCCAGGCGGAGCCGAGUGCGGCCCACUCUGCUGAGGGCGAUGUGCACACACUGCUUAUGGUCUUCCUGCACCGCGCUGCUGAGCUGCUCAGCUGGGCCGACGAGCAGGCCCUCAGCUGGGCCCACGUGGAGCCCAUGUACAUGCCACCCGAUGGCUCGAGGCUCGAGGCCUGAGCCAGGGGCUCGGUGAUGCUGCUGCCCAGGGCAAUGAGGCCCCAGUCCCUGCAGCAGGGCAGCACCAGCAUCUGCGCCAUUCAGCCGGGCCCAGACACCUACCAGGCUUUACCCCGUUCUGGUCCAACCAGUCUCACAGCCCUAAAGCCUUCUCCUGGCCUCUUCCCUGGCACGGGCACCAGGGAAGUUGGUUGUUGCUGGCACCCACCUGUCACCCCGUCUU